CAUGCUCCAUAUGUGAGACAUACACACAUGUGUAUCUACAAAAACACGCACUCACACACCCUCGAAAAACACACACAGUGUCAUGGUUUCCGCAGACCAGCCACUGAAGAAACGAAAGCUCUACGAGAGCCACAAUUCGCCGCCUCAAAGUCUCUCCGACGAUGAAAUACAGCGCCGGCGACGGAACCAAGAGGAGAUUCGCAACGUUUAUGAACAUUAUAAGCUCUUGAAACAAUGUAUUUCGAACAAAAACCCUAAUUUUAUGCCCAAAUUGGAAGAAUCCUAUCUCGCUCUCCUCACCGCUUCUCGAGGAUGUACAAGUGUACAACGUAUUGUUGCAGAGUUUAUUCCUAGAUAUGCAUCAUUUUGUCCGACUGCUCUAGAAGCUGCUACCAAGGCUGUCAUCAAUAUACAUAAUUGCAGCUUAGCUGUGAUAAAUAGAGGAGAAGAUGGUGAUGGGGUUGCAUGUAGGACUGCCACUCUCUGCAUUUCUGGUCUAGUGGAGAUCUGCCAAGCUGCACAGUCAGAGGCACCAACGUCGUCUGUCAUUCAGCGCAUCUGUUCUAGUGUUUUCAUUGAUGUGCUCAGCUUCUUUGUUUCCACUUUUAAUGGAAUUGAUCUCUUUCAUAUUGUUGAUAAAGGUGUGCUUAAGAUGCAAGAUUCUACAUCAUUAUUUUCUGAUUUCAAGCAAAAAAUUUCAGCUGAAGACGAUAAUGAAGUGGCCAAGCUAUCCAAGUUACGUGCACUAAGCCUUAUCUGGAUUCUCUUUUGCUGUCCUAAAAAUGCACUUGCUGCUUCUUUUGAACUAUGUGACUCAGUGGCAACAGAGGAACUCCAUAAUCAUGGGCUUUACUUUCUUCGUCAGAUUACAAGUGAAUUUGAGCCAAAUGAUGUAGCUAAUCACGUGGAUUCUAAAAAGGGUGGAAUUGUAUUGUCUACAGAUUCCGACAAUCCAAUGCACGAAACGGAGGAGAUCACUCAUCAUGGGCUAGUGUCACACGACAAUCACAAGUCUGAUGGUCCACCUCUUAUCUUGAAGAAAUGCUUGCUGGGACUGGUUGUUAGCAAAAAUUUACCACUGAGAAAGUGGAUGUUCUUGAGGUAUAAGAAGUUCUGUACUUCCGCAUCAUCACAAGUUGCUUCCAAAAUCACCUCUCUUCUGGAGGAAGUGUUUCAGUCCUUUGCUGAACAGGUUAAGGCUGCGGAUGAUCAAUUAAAUAGCAUCGAGGACAAUUCCAUUGCAUCCAAGAAUUUCAGUGCACAAUAUUUGGGCCUCAAAAGACAGAAUUCUGAAAUUUGCAGAAGAGAUGGUCCGUAUGUUAAUAACUUGACUGAAAAGUUAUUAGAUCAAAAACUGACAGAUUCACGUCCACUGAUUUCUCCUGAAACCCCUAUGCGCGUAACAGUUGGAUCGAAUGUUGAUGUUGGAGGACCAAGAUCCAUGGAUUUUGACACAUCUGAUGCUGGGGAGGUAUUGCGACCCAGAUCCUCUACACCAAGAGACCUGUUAAAUAAUCAGAUGCAUUCUCCUAUUAGGAGAAAAUCAUUUGACAUGAGGAGUAAUUCAUUCGAAGGUUCUAUUGGCCAUUUACAAUUGCCUUUCGACUCUCCUCAACCUCAUAUGCCACUGCCAUCCCCCUCCACAAGUCACGGGAGUUGGUUCUCUGAUGGGGAUCCAGCAGCAAUGGAUAUUUUUUCAGCUUCAAGACGACUGUGGUUGGGUUCUUUGGGCCCUGAUGCAUCUGAAGCACUAGUCAGGUUCCAAUUUGAAAAGUUUGGUCCAACAGAGCAGUUCUUAUACCAUCCUUAUAAGGGAUUUGCAUCAGUUGAGUACAAAAACUUAAUGGACGCAGUAAGGGCCAGGGGAUAUAUGAGGGGAUGUGCUCCUUGGGGUGCUCCUCUCCAUGUAAAGUUCUUGGAUAUAGGAUUAGGCACAAGGGGGGCUAUAAAUGGUGUUGCAAUUGGUUCUUGCUGUCAUGUUUAUGUUGGAAAUGUUCCAACUCAAUGGGCCAAGGAUGAGAUUCUGCAUGAAAUUAAGAAAGUGGUUUACAAAGGCCCGCUUAUGCUUACUGAUCUUAGGAGUGAAAUGGCAGUACUUAUGGAGUUUGGAAACCCUGAAGAAGCAGCAAAUGUGAUGGCACAUCUUAGACAGUGGCGUAAGGAAAGCUGCAAGUAUCUUCUACCUUCAAAUGUUGGCCCGGCUAAUGCAAGAAUGCACUUGGAAAGUUCGAGACAUGGGCCCAUCACACCUGCUUACUUUAGAAGCAAGUCUGGUAAUAGUUUUACUGAAUCACCCCAUGCUCAAACAGUGCUUGAGAGUCCCUCUGAGAGUUACAGAACAAAAAUGUCAAGUCUGAGUACUUUACUUGCAUCAUUACGUGCAAAAUAUAAUAUUGCAUCUAACGGAAAUUAUUGUGAAAGCUAUAAUAACGGAAAUUAUCAAGCUGCUUCUGUGAGAGAAGAUGGAUUACCAACAAACACUCUUUGGAUCAGCCUCCCGAAGAGCAACUCCUCAGGUGUCACUGAUGAUGAGGUUAUGAUCAUCUGUAAUCUUGCACUAAGUGGAGUAGGCUCAGUUGUGAGUAUAACCAGAGCAUAUAUGCCUACGGGACUUGGUUGGUAUGUUGAAUGCAGUAGCAUAGAUGCUGCAAGUACCGUUUUGAAGAUUCUACGUGCUUCUCAAGGGAUUUUCUUCCAAGUUGAAUUUAGUUAUCCUGGGAAGCACCAUGGCACAUCUCUCCAAGUGAAACAGGAUAGCUGCAAUUCAGAUUCUCCACGAGGUAGUCGUGGGGGUUUAGUUGCUAAUGAACAAAUGUGGACGUAUAAUAAUCCUAAAACAGAAAUCUAUCCUGCACAAGGGACUCAUUCUUUCAUGACCACUGCAUCACAGGGACCACCUUUACCUCCACAGCCAAAUUAUGCAUCUUCAUCGAUGAGGCCUUAUUUUCCUCUAAGCAAUUGCUGGGAGGCACGGAGCUUGAGUAAUCCUCAUCCGCCUAAUCCAGCCUCAGUGGGUCUAGUUCCAACUAUUAUUCAUACUCCAGUGGUUCCGCCUCCAUUUCUACCUCCGUCUGUGACUCCUCUUACACAAAUGCCAGGAAGCUCAGUGCAGCAAUUUGAUCAGACAUUCUUUCGUCCCGCUGUGCCACCCCCUUUGAUAAACGUACCACCUCAGCCAGAGCUGGCACCUCCGUUGCCACCUCCACCAUCAUCUCCUCCUCCUUUACCUCAAUCUCUUCCACCUGUAGUUCCUCCUCCACCUAGUUCUCCGCCACCCCUUCCACCCAGGGAGUACUCUAAUGUGGUCAGUUCAGGACCAUGUAUAGCUCACAGUUGGCAGGGUACAUUGAGUAAAAGUGGGGUUCAUUAUUGUACAGUUAAUGCACAAAGGCUUCAUUCUGAUAUGUGCAAGUAUUCAAAUGCUUCCUCAGAACCUGCAGAAUGGCCAGCUAAAUUAGAUAUGACAAAGCGCACGGAUUUUCGACAUGUGAAGACAACUUUUUCUAGCACACCAGCACACAAAAGAGAAGUAUGCCAGUUGCUCCCUUCUGCCGCAGGAGAUUAUAAAGGAUUUCAGGAUUUUAUUUCAUAUUUAAAGCAGAGGGAAUGCGCUGGUGUAAUUAAAAUUCCAGCAGCAAGACCCAUGUGGGCGAGGCUCCUCUUCAUUCUCCCUUACUCACCUGAAGUAGUGUCCAUGCUCUCUAUUAGUCCAACUUCAACAGAUUGCCUUGUUGCUUUGGUUUUGCCGAAGGAAACAAAUUUUGAAUGGGUAUGACCUCUGAUCUACCUGAAAUUAGUGGAUUCUUGUUUAGCAAACAUUUUGUCAAUAGAUCAGCAAUAUGCCAGCUAUGGAAUGGUUGUUGAUGUGUACAUUAGAAUGUUAUCAUCAAUGUUAAGAACGUACAAGUUCAGUGCGUAGGAGCUACAUGAACCAUGUACUUCAGGCUCCUAGAUAGGAACUCUUAUGUUUAGUUUACUUGACCGUGAGAAGCAAUAGUUUUGUAUACUAGCUGAUAUGGUGUUUGUGUAGAUUUAGGGGAUUUAAUACCACAUCAGCAUCACCGUGGUUGUCCCAUUUAGAAAAUAAACAAAUAACAAAAUUUAUUUUUGAA